AUGUCUCAAACAUGUUUAAUACUCGCCAGCUCACUUCUCUUGCUCCUCUUCAUUCCUAUAGCGUCUUCGUCGUUGCCCCUUUCUUCAUCUGGAUCGCGCUCUCUUCUUCGGGCUUUAACCGGCGGCAAGCCUGCCGGAGUCGAUUACGCCGUCGAUUUGAACGCCACCAGCUUCGAUGCGGUUCUACGAGACACUCCAGUUACUUACGCCAUCGUUGAGUUCUUCGCCAAUUGGUGUCCUGCAUGCCGAAAUUAUAAGCCUCAAUACGAAAAGGUUGCAAGGCUGUUCAAUGGUCCUGAUGCAGUUCAUCCUGGCAUUUUAUUGAUGGGAAGGGUUGAUUGUGCAUCAAAGAUAAACAGUGACCUCUGUGAUAAGUUCUCCGUGAGUCAUUAUCCUAUGCUAUUUUGGGGCCCACCCUCCAAAUUUCCUUCUGGUGGCUGGCAACCUACAGAAGAGAAAAGUGAAAUUCUUGCAAUUGAGGUUGAGGAUGCACGGACGGCUGACAAAUUGAUUGCUUGGAUAAACAAGAAACUUGGGAGCUCAUACAGUUUAGAUGAUGACAAUUUCGAAAAUGAGCAUCUUCCAUCAAACAUCUCAGACCCUCAGCAGAUUGCUCGUGCUGUGUAUGAUGUCGAGGAAGCAACAGCAAGUGCCUUUGAAAUCAUAUUCAAACACAAGAUGAUCAAAUCUGAAACUCGGGCUUCCUUUAUUAAAUUCCUUCAAAUUUUAGUUGCACAUCAUCCUUCUAAGAGGUGCCGGGAGGGUAGUGCAGAAGUGCUAGUAAACUUUGACGAUUUGAAUCCGCCAGACACAUGGCUGGCUAGUGAGCAGGAGGCUAUUGAUAAUGGCAAUGCUGUGCUGGGAACUUUUCGCAUUUGUGGAAAAGAUAUUCCUCGAGGAUACUGGAUGUUCUGCCGCGGAAGCAGGAAUGACACAAGGGGCUUCAGCUGUGGGUUAUGGGUGCUGCUGCACUCUCUAUCUGUUAGAAUCGAUGAUAAAGAGAGCCAGUUUGCAUUUACAACAACAUGCGAUUUCGUGAACAGCUUCUUUGUUUGUGAGGAGUGUCGCCAACAUUUUCACAAGAUGUGUUCAAGUGUUAAAAGUCCCUUUGGUACAUCGCGGGACUUCGUCCUUUGGUUGUGGAGUACACAUAAUAAAGUUAAUGAGAGAUUAAUGGAGGAAGAGGCAUCGUUGGGGACUGGCGACCCCAAGUUCCCCAAAAUGAUUUGGCCUCCGAAACAACUUUGUCCUGCAUGUUAUGGCUCUAACAACAAGGCUAAGGAUAGACGCAAUGAGGUUGACUGGGACAUGGAUGAAGUCUACAGAUUCUUGGUGGACUUCUAUGGCAAAACACUGGUUUCAUUGUACAAGAACAAGGAUGUGGGGCAUGAAGUGCUCUCUGGAUCUAGCGAGGAUACAGUGGCAUCAACGAAUGCAGUUGUUGUGCCGGUAGGAGCUGCAUUGGCGAUUGCUCUAGCGAGCUGCGCUUUCGGUGCUCUUGCCUGCUACUGGAGGUCACGGCAGAAGAGUCGGAAGUAUUACCACCAACUACACUCUUUAAAGAACAUUUAG